AUGCCAGUAACAACAAUCCCCCACCCUAACUCCUCCUCUUCGGCCUCUUCUCCUACCUCCGCCACACCCUCCACCAAACCUGUCUUCUUCUGGAAACCAAACGAUGGUCACGGCUACCUCUCCCAAUGGUACUGGUCCAAGUUCACCGUCGACAACGAAACCUACGCACAAGCAGAAAUGUGGAUGAUGGUACAAAAAGCGCGUUGUUUCGGCGACGAAAAGAUUGCGAAACAGAUGCUACAGACUACGAAUCCGAAGGAACACAAAGACUUGGGACGACAGGUUAGGGGGUUGAAUGCAAAGAUUUGGGAUGAACGUAAACUAGAGAUUGUGACACAGGGUACAUAUCACAAGUUCACCAUUAGUGAUAAUGCAGAAAAUCUGAGGCGCAUGCUGCUAGCUACUGGUGAGCGUGAGUUGGUUGAGGCUAGCCCUUCCGAUCGCAUUUGGGGCGUGGGGUUUGCGGAGAGAGACGCACAGAGGAAUCGGCAUAGAUGGGGACAGAAUCUGCUGGGAAGGGCGCUGAUGGAUGUUAGAACGCGGUUGAGAGAGGAGGGGAAGAAGCAAGGUUGA